UCUUGCGAUAGCCAAGAGCGAAAACUGAUAGAAAGUUUAUUCAAAGAUUACGACUACCAAGUUCGACCGGUUAGAAACAAUGGAACCCCAAUAGAUGUUGAAGUUGACUAUUGGUUCAUAUCGCUGCUGGAUAUCCAAGAGAAGAGUCAGAGCAUGUCAGCUUUCGGCUGGAUGCAGAUGGUCUGGAGGGAUGAAUUUAUUGUGUGGAACAUGACGCAGUACAACUUAACUUACGUAGUCGUCAAUGCCAAGGAUAUCUGGUAUCCUGACCUUAUAAUCAGGAACAGCGCUGAUUCAGUAUACGGAGACAUCUUCGACAACAACAAGUACAGAGUGCCAAUAUAUAGUGACGGGUCGGUUUAUUUCUACACAGCAGGACAGACGAAAACAUUCUGCUUGCUGAAUACCUUCUACUUCCCAUUCGAUAACCAGACGUGUUUCUUUCAAGUCGAUAGUUGGACCUACACUAACACGCAGGUUACUCUCAAUACGACGGAUGGUAUCAAGAUGAACCUUUAUAACAACAAUGGACAGUGGAUUUACGAGGGUAACAGCUUUAAAGUUUGCCACGAAAGUUUCAACGGUGAUGUUUACGACAACAUAAAAUUCUUCUUUUUUAUAAAAAGGAAACCCCUCUACUACCUAACAAACCUCAUAAUUCCGUGCUGUCUCAUGUCUGUGAUUGUUCUUUUUGUAUUUCUAUUGCCCGCCAGUGCAGACGAGAAGGUAUCUCUCAGCAUCACUGUUCUCUUAUCGUUCUCCGUUUUUCAGUUGCUGGUCGCCGGCAACAUGCCUGAGACAUCCGAAUACGUUCCGCUGAUAACCAUGUACAUAACGUUCGUGAUGAUUUUGUCAUCCAUGUCUCUCUUCUGCACCAUCAUCGUCCUCAUGAUUCACCAUCACGAUACCCAAACACCUCCGCCGAAAUGGCUUCAA